UCGGCCUGAGGAGACGCGGCGGCAGAAGAAGAAGAGGACGACGACGACGACGACGACGACAUCAUCAUGUCGGAGCUGGAUCGCGUGGUAAAGCCCAAAACAAAAAGGGCCAAAAGAUUCCUUGAGGAGAGAGAGCCCAAACUCAUUGAAAACACUAAAAAUGCCAUGCUCAUCAAAGGAGGAAAUGCGAACACAACAGUGACUCAAGCACUUCGAGAUGUGUAUGCAUUGAAAAAACCUUAUGGUAUUCUAUUUAAAAAAAAAAAUAUUACCAGGCCAUUUGAGGAUCAAACAUCACUGGAAUUUUUUUCAAAGAAGUCAGAUUGCUCCUUAUUCAUGUUUGGUUCACAUAAUAAGAAGAGGCCAAACAAUCUAAUAAUAGGUCGUAUGUAUGAUUACCAUAUCCUGGAUAUGAUCGAGUUGGGCAUUGAGAAGUUUAUGUCCCUGAAGGAUAUUAAGAACAGUAAGUGUUCAGAAGGAACAAAGCCCAUGUUAAUAUUUGCCGGCGAUGCUUUUGACUCUAAUGAAGAAUAUAAAAGAUUGAAAAGUCUUUUUAUUGAUUUCUUCAAAGGACCUACUGUACCAAAUAUUCGCUUGGCUGGCUUGGAGUACGUUCUACACUUCACCGCCCUGGGUGGAAAAAUUUACCUGCGUUGCUAUAAGUUGUUACUAAAGAAGUCAGGUUGUCGGACACCACGGAUUGAACUGGAAGAAAUGGGACCGUCAUUGGAUUUGGUCAUGAGGAGAACUCAUUUGGCAUCCAAUGACCUUUAUAAGUUAUCCAUGAAAGUGCCCAAGGCCGCCAAGCCAAAGAAGAAGAAAAAUGUUUCCCGUGAUACCUUCGGCACAACCUACGGAAGGAUUCACAUGCAAAAACAGGAUCUGAGCAAACUGCAAACCAGAAAAAUGAAGGGGUUAAAGAAAAGGCCUGCAGCAAAGUUAGUUGAAGGAGACGAAGAGAGUAAACCAAAAAGGACAAAACAAAUCAACGAAGCUUAAACUUCAGAUGGUAUUAUGGAAUACUGUAUUUUACAUCCUUGGUGGAGGAUAGCUCUAAACUGGUCUAAACCAAACUUGUCGCCUGGUAUAUAAUUUCAUUCAAUGGUGAAUGUAUAGGUGACAUUAUGAUUGUUCACUCUCUUGUGUCUUGAUAUUUGAUGAACUUAAAACUAUGCUCCAGUUGCAGCUCUGCCCUUCAGGAGAAUAAAGAAUAUGUACUUGUCUUUUU